UCGAGUACGCUUCAAUGAUAAGUCAAGUCUGGUGGUAAAAGGUUAUUUUUAUGCCGUCUUAUCGAUUAGUCGUCUCAACGUGUUCUUUAAGAGCAGUCAGCUUCAAUAAGUAAUCAAAAUUAAGCAUAACUCAUUGGGACAAAAUGUCGAUUGAAAAUUCUGCCCCCUUGUUUUAUAACUACUGGCCUCAGAUUUUGGCAUUAGUGGUGGUUUACUUUUCCGCAGUGUAUUUCAUAAAUUUAAAAAAUCCAGACAAGAAAUCUGAAUCGGAUAACAAGGAGAAAUCCAAGCAAAACCUGAAGAAAAAAUAUCAAACUCCUGACAGAGAAGCGGAAGUGAACGAAGAUGAUUUUGUGGAAGACAACGCCAUGAUGGCCAGCGCCCUUCCUGAUGACCUACAUCAUAUUCCUCUAACUACAUACAAGCGUUACUCCGAGCAGGAAAUGAUUAAGAGAUCAGUUGCAUUUUAUGAAGAAAUGAACAAUAGGCGAACAUUGAGAUUUUACUCCCAAGAGGACGUUCCAAAGGAGGUUAUCGAAAACAUAAUUAAGGCAGGAGGGACCUCUCCAUCAGGGGCGCAUACGGAACCUUGGACUUUUGCAUGUAUCUCGGACAAGAGUUUGAAGCAGUCAAUUCGAAAAGUAAUUGAAAAUGAGGAAGAAGUAAAUUACAAGAAACGAAUGGGGAAGCAGUGGACCUCUGAUCUGAGGCCACUCCGAACUGAUUGGCACAAAGAAUAUUUAACGGAUGCGCCGUACCUCAUUCUUGUUUUUAAACAAGUUUAUGGGUUCAAUCCAGAAAAUCCAGAAAAGAGAAUCAAUCAUUACUACAACGAAGAAAGUGUCUGCAUUGCUACAGGAAUACUCCUGGCUGCAAUUCAGCAUGCUGGUCUAGUCACUCUGACGAGCACGCCUCUUAAUUGUGGUCCUGCACUUCGAACUUUAUUGGGGAGGCCAAAAAAUGAAAAACUAGAGAUUCUACUGCCAGUUGGCUACCCUGCGCAUGGCGCAACUGUCCCUGACCUGAAGAGGAAGAAAUUAAACGAAAUUUCAGUUUGGCUUUGAAAUUCGUUGUUGCUUUAACUUAAUUAAAUUUUUUUUUUCUGACAAUUUUGUAAAUUUUAAUCCGCUAUCAAUAUGGCUUGUAACUUUUAAAUAUUUAUAUGAUUGAUUGACACUGAUGAAUGCUCGUAGUCAUCUCUGUGCAUGUAAAUUCCAGUAAAUUAUUCCAAUAUUAAUAUUGUUAUGCACUUAAAUGCGGAUUCUUAUAUACAUUGCGGAAUAUUUUAAUCAAUGAGAUUGAAAAUUAUUUUUUACUUCCUUAAAUCAAUAUUAUUAUCAUUAUUUCAGCAUAUAUACAGCAUUCACAUUGGAUGAAAUAAAUUUCUAAUAUAAAAGUA